AUGGAGUCAUCGGUUUGCAAAUCCGAACUUGUUCCCAACCUUGUAACCACCACCUACUAUCGCUCCCCAAGUCUGCGCAUACACCUGCUCACCGAUGUUGACCACAUCGUCUGGCCUUACCCUCUUGCCGCACUCUCAGAGGCCGUGUCUGUUCUCAUCCAUGGUACAUGCUGCGGGAACCUUACUGCUGGUCAAACCGACCUUGUCGUCAGUGUUGGUGCCAUCUACCUUCUCGCUCAUGCCAUCUACCUUCUCGCUCGUGCCAUCGCCCAAUCUCCAUCAUCGUUGCCAUCGACAUCAACCAACCACGGCUUGACUUUGCGAAAGACAAUGGCUUGCCUCCCAGGUCUUCUCCCUCCCUAUGGCCGAUCAAGCCGUGACUUUGGGUGA